AUGUCACCGCAAGACUUUAGCACUAAUGUUUUAGUGGUUGGAGGUGCAUUUGCAGGGCUAUCAGCCAUCACCAGUCUCCAAAAUCAUAUUUCCGAACGGUGCAAGUAUUCCAAUGCAUUCUCAUCUCGGUCCCAUAAGCUCUCUAUAACCGUAAUUGAACCAAGGGCAGGUCUAUUGAACAUACUUGGUAUACCUCAUGCAGUUUUAGACCCUGAGUUUGCUCAAUCGCAGUACCUACCACUACAUGAAAUGAAGACCCUUCAUAUUGAAACCGUACACACUCCCUUUGGUGAAUUGAUACAACAAGUGAGACCCAAAGUGUAUGACGAAGCAGCAUUCUCGAUCCACUUUGUACAGGGAAAAGUCACCAAUGUAGCUCGAGACUAUGUUGAUUAUCAUUUGGUGGAGUCUCGGACCAUUAAGCGAAUCAAGUUUGAUUAUAUAGUACUAGCAAUGGGGAGAGACCGGCUGUGGCCAAUCACACCAGAUGCAUUGACUGCUGAUACGUUCUUGGACGAGAUGAAUAAGACUAAAAACAUAUUGGAAUUAAAGUCUUCUAUUAGUAUUGUUGGAGGAGGAGCUGUUGGUAUUGAAAUGGCUGGUUGUUUAAAGAGAAACUUCCCAGAUAAAUGUGUUCGGAUAAUUCAUCCGCAUGAUAGACUAUUACCGGAACCAUUAAGCAAUGAGCUUAAAGAUACUAUAUUUACUUCAUUGACUUCUUACGGGGUGGAUGUUAUGCUUAAUACUCGAAUAAAGGAAGAGCUUGACAAUGGUUAUUUGGUAACCACCACUAAUGACACUAUUAAAAGCGACCUAACCAUAUGGUGUACGAAUUUUCGGAAUAACUUGGAUAUUCUUGAUGACGUGGUUUAUAGUAAAGCCAUCACUAAUCAUCAAAACUUGGCUGUUAACGAGUAUCUACAAAUUGAAGUAGCUGGAGAUGUCUUGGACAAUGUGUUUGCUAUUGGAGACAUAGUAGAGCUUGACAUCAUUAAGUCCGCUGGCUGGGCCAUGUAUAUGGGUCGACAAACGGCAAACAACAUUGCUAGUGAUAUAUUUGAAGGAAAGCUAGCGGAGAAGAUACCUGAUAUGAAGACAGUACCUCGAGGAAUGGUAAUUGUGGCUGGGAAUGAAGAGAUUGUUAGUGAGUUGAGUGGUGAGGUUGAGGUUAACAAUAGGAAUUAUGUUGAAGAGUACAAGGAUUAUUGUAUGGGGAAAAUCCGAGUUACCAUAGGCGUGUAA